AUGCUCAUGCGAUCGAGAGGACUCCUCGAGUCCUCUCCCGCGACCAAAAAAAAGAACGGCGCAGUUUUGAAUAUCAAAAGAAGAGAAGAGGACGGGGACGGUCCAAAUGCAUCGUCGAGCGUCACGUUUAGGAUACUCGUCGUUCUCUUCGGCGUUUUCUGCGGCUUUGUUCUCUCUUCUUAUGCCAGCGGCGAUGGAAACAGUCAAUCGAGGAUGGGUAAGGGUGUUCAAGAUUUACACAGGAAUGUGAAAGGCGCGUAUCGAGCGCACACCGAGGCGAGAAAAGAGUAUUUAAAGCGAUAUCGAGAAUCGUAUUUGGAAGCCGUGUUUGCUUCUGGUGGAGAGAAUAUACAGAAAGAAAAAGAAGAAGAAGAAGGAGGAGGAGAAAAAGGAGGCGACGCGGCAGUAGCAGAGGUACUAGCACAGAUGUCAGAAGUAGAAGGAGAGCAAACAGAAAGAGAUGAAGAUGGUGGUGUGAGUGUCACACCAGUGCCGGUUAUAGAAUCACCGCCGCCACCGCCGCCAUCGCCAUUGUCACAACGUACGCGUGGCAACGCACACGUUUAUAUUUUCCAUCACCUAUCGGAUUUUGGUCUAGGACAUUUGAUGGAAGAGUUUGCGAAGGUUUACGAAAUCUUGGACAUGUUAGGGGUAGGAAGCGUGAGUAUUCGUGAGUGUGGAACACCACAUAAACCAUGGCAUUCUGGAAAAAUGCAACCGUGCGAAGAUAGUUUCCGACACAAUAAAAAUGUGGUCAAAUACGGCAAACGUUCGAGUGAUAUCGAUGUUUCCUUAGGGCCAAACGAAGAAACAGAAGAUAUGAAGAGUUUUGUGCACAUUGACGGACAGAGUGAGGAUUGGAUUCAAGCGCUUGAAAAUAUGACCAAUCCAGAAACACCGACGAAUGUAUUCAUCACCGAGCCGCAUAAUAAAUACAUCGGGUCUGGCAAGUAUGCAAAAGUCACGGACAAUAAUUCUUGCGCAGGAAUAAACAAAUGGUUCGGAGACCCGUCUGAUUUCCUUCUCGAAGAGUUGGAAAACCAUAAAAAGUGGCAGAAUAUUCACGGUACGGAAUCUAAGACGCAUCAAAAUGACAUAGCCUUUCACUUUCGAUUAUUAGAUCAUGAAGAUCUUGGAAUUGAAGUUCAGCCAGACUUAUCCAUAAAGAUAGGUCAUCGUGAGAUUAAAUUAGGCGACCAAAGGUUAGAUAAUGAAGAUGGAUACGGUCGUCUCGCUCACUUGGAUUUGAAGCGUGCGGUAGACGAUGUGAUCGAUUUUGCGAAAAAAAUAUUCGAGACUUCUGGACUCACUACUUUUGUAGCGAGUGAUGCUCCGGCUAUUCAAGCGUAUCUGAAGAAUAAUCCCGUAAUUUCAAUGAUCGAACAUGUCUCAGGAAUGAGUGAUGAAGAAGGAGAAGAUGAAAUAGCAGAUCAUCGAGACCUUCGCGAAAGUCAUUACUCCUUAACUUCUGCUUUGGAACUCUACGAGCUCGGCACGGCCAAGAAAAUAGUGUCCUUUCCCUUCUCCUCUGGAUUUUCAAGAGCAGCGUCCUGUUUGAUUAAAGACGGCGAGUAUUUAGGUACGUUGAAGACUCUCGAUGAUCUCGAAAAAGUCAUCAGUACUUAUACGAGAUGA